ACUUUGAGCAAGGGGGCUUUCGUGUUGUCCCUCCUGCUGUAGUACGCCGAGGUUCAUUUAUCGCCAAAAAUGUUGUCCUCAUGCCAUCUUACGGAGUCAUUGUCGAGGAAAAUGCCGUGAUUUCUAUGGGGGUCUAUAUCGGUCAAUCGACAAAAAUCUACGACCGAGCUACUGGUGAAGUCUUUUAUGGUCGAGUCCCAUCAGGUUCCGUUGUUGUUCCAGGCUCAUUGCCAUCAGCCGAUGGCAAAUAUAGUCUAUACUGCGCCGUGAUCGUGAAACGCGUCGAUGCCCAAACACGAGCAAAAACCGCUAUUAAUGAGUUAUUGCGGGAU